AUGUUGAAGUUCUUCAGUGCCCGGGACGAUGAGAAUGAAAGCCUAUUGGGUUCAUUGACAGAAGAUGAAUCGGAUGCUCCGUCUCUGAUGGAUGCUAAGCAUCACUGGCUCCACAGACCCUGUCUGCUGAUGCUCAAAGAUGGGGAUGUCACAAAGCCAGGACAGCUGGGCUGUGGACACAUCGGAUCAGAUUCCCCUGCAAAACCCAAAGUCCAUUCAGAGGGGGUCCUGAGCCCAGGGGUGGCUCCUGUUUCCCAACUGGAGACCCCCGCUCAGAGACUGAUGAGACAGCUGGAGGAGGGAAACUGCACUGUGACCACUCUUUCAACAUGGGGAGAGAGGAAUUUUGGGGAGGCUUCUACCCCCCUAAUGCUCAGCCCCUCCAAAGCUGCUGGGCCAGAAGUGGAGGUGGAGGUAGAAGAGGAAGUGAAGAACAGGCCCCAGCCAUCCUCCUCCAAGGAGGACUCUGUGGUUGAGGAAAAGGAGCUGGAGGAGAGUGGACUUGAGCUGCAGGACCCCCCCAGUGGCUCAGAUGCCCUAGGCCCUUACCUUGACGACCCGUCUGGUCCCCCUGUGGAGGAGCCCAAUGGAGGCGGCCAUGAUGCCCAGAUCCAAGGGCCUAGACUGGGGCUUCAGAGCCAGACCAAAGCCAACGGACUAGCUAAUGAUGAGACCAACGCCAACGGAGUUCAAGCAGAUAGUGAAGAGGGAGCUGUGGGGGACUGCACACCUUCCCCUAUGUCUCCAUUAGUGGAUCCAGACAAUGAGCUACAGGCCGGCCCCACGGGCAUUCUGUCCAGGGAGCGAGGCACUAUCCUGGGGGAGGUAGCCCCCGUGUGGGUCCCUGACGCCCAGGCGCUGGUCUGUAUGAUGUGUGAUGUCAGGUUCACCUUCACCAAGAGAAGGCACCAUUGUCGCGCCUGUGGCAAGGUAUUCUGUUCAGUGUGCUCCGGUCUGAAGUUCCGACUAACACACCUGGAUGGGAAGGAGGGGCGUGUCUGUGUCUCUUGUCACUCAACUCUAGUGAAACGAACCCCUCCAAGGGGCAGGAGGAAGGUGUGGUUUGCUGAUGAGAUCCUAUCCAAUGAGAAAUCAGACUCUGCACCUUGUACCCCAAUCAGAGGCCCCACCUUUUCACCGCUAUUAUUGAGGAGAAGUAUAGCUGCUACAAUCAGAAGCGCCACUGGCUCACCACAGACCAGCAGGAGGGCCCCAAUAGCACAGGAGAUGCCCCUGCUCAAUCCUCUGCAGGAGGCGUGUGGGCCCUGUGGCUGGGGUACAGCAGCCUUGGUCAGCAGCCACAUCAGCAGCUCUGCCAACCUCAUCCCACUGGAGGGCCUCCCUCCCAUCCUCACCUCCACCGGAGUCAAAGGAGACUACACGGUCGAAGAGAGGCCCUCUGAGAUGGUUCUCAUCCAGGAGCUGGAGAGCGGCAGGCCCAACUCCCUGGUCUUUGUCCUCAACGCCAACCUACUGGCCAUGGUCAAGCUGGUCAACUAUGUAAACAGGAAGUGCUGGUGUGUGACGUCCAAGGGCAUGCAUGCGGUAGGCCAGGUGGAGGUGGUGGUCCUUCUGCAGUGUCUGCCUGAGGAGAAGAGCUUCCCCAAGGACAUCUUCAGCCACUUCAUACAGCUCUACAGGGACGCCCUCACAGGCAAGGUGCUAAGCCACCUGGGUCUCUCCCAGUUCUCCAGUAGUUUCCUGAGCAGUGAGGAGCAUGCAGGAUUCCUCUGGGUACGCUCCACUCUCCAGUCCCUGCAGGGCCUGCCUAUGCCCAACCAGCCCUUCCUCUUUGGCCUACUCGUCCACCGGGCUGAAGUACCCUGGGCCAAGGCCUUCCCCCUGCGCCUCAUGCUCAGACUGGGGGCUGAGUACAGAUUUUACCCCUGUCCUCUGUACAGUGUGCGCUUCAGAAAGGCUCUUUUUGGGGAAACUGGCCACACCAUCAUGAGGCUGCUAGUAGACUUCAGGAAUUACCGGUACACUCUGCCAGUGGUGCCUGGACUCACUGUAGAUCUGGAGGCUCAGAGGACCUGCAUUAAAAUCCCCACCAAUGGCUAUGAGGAGCUGAUGAGGGCUUUGAAUAAGUCCAAUGAGCAUGUGCUGGCCAUGGGGGCAUGCUUCAACGUGGCGGCAGACUCCCACCUCAUCUGUGUUCAGGGGGACGAUGGCCAGUACCAGACCCAGGCCAUCAGCAUCCACAAUCAGCCUCGCAAAAUCACCGGUUCCUGCUUUUUUGUGUUCAGUGGAGCUCUGAAAGCAGCAUCAGGAUAUCUUGCCAAAUCCAGCAUCGUGGAAGAUGGGCUGAUGGUGCAGAUCACCGUGGAGACCAUGGUGGAGCUUCGCCGGUCGCUACGGGAGAUGAAAGACUACACCAUCACCUGUGGGGGUAUUGACCAGUCAGACAGCCAGGAGCAUGUCCAGGUCCAAUGGCUGGAUAAGGAAUGCACUUUGAAUAAGGGUGUUAUCAGCCCCAUUGAUGGGAAGUCCAUGGAGUCCGUCAACAGUGUGAAGAUGUUCCAAAAGUCAGAAUACAAGUCCAAUGGAAAGGUCAUCCGCUGGACAGAGGUGUUCUUUGUACAGAGAGGGGAUCAUCCUAAGAGCCAGAGUGACCACCAUACAGAACACAGCCGGCUGACAGAGAGACUGGCCAGGGCAUUCUGCCUGGCACUGUGCCCACACCUCAAGCUGCUGAAGGAGGAUGGCAUGGCCAAGCUGGGGCUGCGUGUCACACUGGACUCCCAACAGGUGGGGUUUGUGGCCGGCAGUAAUGGCCUGCCACUCCCAGCCCCGUACCUCAACACCCUGGACACUGUGCUGACCCCCAUCAUCCACAGCAGGGGGCGCAAGAGGAGCGAGGGACCCGUAGUCAUAGAGCUCAUCUUCUAUAUCCUGGAAAACAUCUCCUAGGGGAGGGGGUCAAAGUGCACACACUCAUCUCCACAUCGCGCCAUCCACUCACCAUCCUCUCUCCUGGCUCUCCAUUUGUGCUGCUGUGAGUUCGAAAGAGCUACAAAACAGCAUUGGUUG